CCCCACAAAAGAAUUGAAUACUGUCUGAAAACCCUAAAAUGGAAAGAACAAACAGCAGGGAGUUAAAGAAAGGGCCUUGGACUAGAGAUGAAGACCAAAAGCUGCUUGCUUACAUUCAAGAACACGGCCAUGGAAGUUGGCGCUCUCUUCCUGCUAAAGCAGGGCUUGAGAGAUGCGGGAAGAGUUGCAGGCUGAGGUGGACAAACUAUUUGAGACCUGAUAUUAAAAGAGGAAAGUUGAGCACGCAUGAAGAGAAGACAAUUAUUCGUCUCCAUGCUCUUUUAGGCAACAGGUGGUCGGCAAUAGCAGCGCAUUUACCAAAGAGGACCGAUAACGAGAUCAAGAACUACUGGAACACCCGCCUCAAGAAACGGUUGACCCGAAUGGGAAUCGACCCGGUUACCCACAAGCCAAAGAACAUCCCCGGCGGCUCGGCUCAGGCGGCCAACCUCAGCCACAUGGCUCAAUGGGAAACUGCUCGGCUCGAAGCUGAAGCCAGGCUCGCUCGCCAGUCGUCGUCCAAACUACUUCCGCCACCCAACGAUAACCUCCUCCUCCUACAUCAGUUCCACCGCAAGUUCAACGCCGCACCGCCGCAGAGGCGGAACCACCACCUGGUGGCCCCGCCGUGUUUGGACGUGCUCAGAGCGUGGCAGGCCACCACCGCGGUUCCCGACUACAGCUUCUUUGGCUCAGCCGCGAACGUAAUCGAGUCACCGACUUCUACCCUGAACUUCUCCUGUGGCAGCAGUACUACUCUUACCGUUCCCACAGUCGGUGCCAUUAUUGAAAAUGACGUCAUGCCCACGUUCAACAGCUACGACGUGGCGUGUGUGUCGGGGGAGGAGACCGGGUACGCUGACGUGGAUGGCAAAAUGGAGAAUUUGAUGCAGCGCCACGACCAAAAUAGUAAUCUUGCUUAUCCAGUCGAUUUAUACGAUUGUGGUGAUGAUAUGACCGCUUCAUAUGACUUCGCCGCAGAUAAUUACAACCCUAACCCGUCCGAUAUGUUCUCCGACAGCGCGGCUGGUGCCCUUGUCGGAGAAUUUGACGACAGUAAGAAUUAUUGGAACGAGUUGCUAAAUUUGGUUAGUAGCUCCCCCAUGCCUAUGUUGUAGGGCGUGACUAAUUAAUUAAUUAAUUAGUAGCUCACGACAAAUGUAUUACGUGUCAAUUGUUUGACUAGUUUGACUUAGUUCUUAGGUUUGAUGAUGCAUGUGAUUUGCAACGUACUAUAAAUGUACGACCAUUAUAAACUGUAACUAGGGUUAGUG